CGCUGCUCAGUCAGUUUCAGGAACGCGAUGAGUAGACAUCGAUGUAACGCGUUGUCGUUGUUUCCAUCAUCAUCAACAGCAGCAGCAGCAGCAGCAGCCAGUGGAAAGGAGAAAUAGGAAAAUCCAAGCAAGCAAGCAGGAGUGAAAGAGAGGAGCAUAGCCAAAUGCUCCUGUUUAGUAACUGAACGAAUAUCGAGAGUGAAGGAAAGAGGCAUACUUUGAGUUUCGAAAAGAAUUACACGAAGAAGCGCAGAAUAAGAAAAAGUGUCUCUUUCUAAAUGUUGUGCGAAAAGUGAAAAAAUUCCAAGCCUUGUUUCAAAAAGUGUAAUUAUAGUUUGGUUUGCUCUACGUUAUAAAAUCAAUAAAGUAGCUAAUCGAGGAGAAAUAGCAAGCAGAUUACUACCUAGCGACAUCGCCGUUCCAAUAUUCGAUGCCAAAUUGGAUUAAAAGGUUCAUUUCCGGUUCGCGAUUCUACCUCGUUCGAAGUGGAUAGAGAGAAAAAAAAUAGCUCAAGAUACACAGAUUGCAGAAUAAAAAUUGUUGAAAAAAAAAAAGAAUUGUUGAGUGUUUGCGAUUCAUAGCGAUUGCGGAAAAAAUUGCAUCUUACGAAAUCUUUAUGGUAAAGUGUGUGUGAAUUUGAAGCGAAAAAGGUAAAUUGAGCAAAAAAAAAUCAGUGAAAUUUUCAUGAUCCAUUCAGUCUAGAGCAAAAAAAAGUCGAAAGUUUUAAAGUUAUCCCUCGCAUUCAUUAAAUUCCCGGGUCACCAGUUCUCGUCUCUGCUCGCGUCCGUGUUCAGGAAGUCGACGUCAUCAGGCGGAAAAACUUCCUGCUGCUGCUCGAAAUAGUGCAGCUGGAAUGGUUCCACCCAAGCAGAUCCGGAGUCUCGAUCGUAACGUAUGAGAGCCAGAGUCUGAGAGGAGGGAAGAGUGAGAACGUAUCCCGGAUUCUCCAGUUCUAGGGGAUGAGAUCUGGAGUGCUGUCAGCAGACCACUCCGAGAUCCGUGGUCCAUGUACCGCUAGAAAGUGUGUUUUUACUGUGAACAAGUGCUCGCAGUUGUAAAAAAAAUAUUUUGUUUUCCGAAGCGAGAAAGCAAAGUUAAUUAGAAUUAUCCGGAGGGGUUUUCUCGUAAAGUGAUUUAAAUCCGUCACACAGGAAGGAAAGCUUAAAUCAAGGCACAGUGUACGACGCGUUGAAAUGCGUUGAUCCGGAUCAUCUGCCUGGAUGCUGUUCUAGUGAAGGCUAGAAAGCAUUCGCCUGGAACGUCUCUUCCCGAGUCUUCGAUGUCCACGUUUUUGUAGAGAAGAGUGUGUUCAUCUCAGUGGUUUUGAAUAAGUGUAAGUGUGCAAUAUUUUUCUCGUUGGUGUUUCGCCGAAAGGAGCCACAACAAAGUGCGUUUUAUUUUGGCAAAGCCGCGUCUUCAGAAUCCGCAAUUUCCGGGACGAAAAUUACGGCGGUAAGAGAGGGCGGUCAUCGUCCGAGCGGUGAUGUAACAACCGCGGAAGCAUCACCACCCCGUAUGCGGUCGCCGCCACUCGUGAUCGUCGUGAUCAUCCUGAUCCUGGCCGGUCAGUACGGUCGCUCGGUCGUCAAACCCGGUCAAUCUGCACCACGCGUACGAGAAUUUCCCAAAAAAAGAUUUACGCCGUCAGUUUGUAUCCUCCAACGCGCGUUUCUAUCCCUAUGUCCCUCGAUGCCUGCUGCACUCGGUGUAUUAUGUGGUAAGUGCCCCUUCGUGGAGUAUUGAAAAUUAUCGGCCCCAACCGAAAAAGUCGUCUCCAUGAAGCACCUGAGGCACAAUGGUACGCGAGACUCGACAUCUUUGGGUUGGAAACUUGCCCGAAACGGUACGAGAGGAAAGAAUACGAGAGCAUUUUAAAAGAUAUGGCAGAGUUCAAAGUGUUAGAAUUAUCAUCUCUUCAACGUACAAUCCCACCUCCGCAUCUGCUGCGUCUACUGGCACCGGCGAAUCAGCGUACAAAGAUCAGCAGUUGCUGCACGGUGAUAACCACCCCCACAACGGACCCAGCCUGCAUCUGGUGGCAGGGCAAGAUUUCGAUAGUUCCACCACACCCACGGUUGCGGCAUCCUCUUCCGCUUCCUUCACUUGUACUGCGUCUUCGCCGUCAACGGCAUCUGCUGCAGGAUCAGCAGCCCAUUCUGCCGAUUUUAGUGCUAGCAGUAGUUAUAGUAGUAGUAAUAAUCAUAGUGGUAGUCAUAAAAAUACUUCUAGCGUACCGAGUAGCAGCUGUAACGGCGGCAAUGACCUGGUCAUCAAUGUCUGCGCGACAAUCGCCUUCAUGGACAUCAAGUCUGCUUCGAAAGCUCAUACCGCCGAACACAAGUUUGACGAUCGUAUUUUGACCACGGAAUAUUAUGAACCUCCGCUGCACACUAUGCCUCCGACAGUGGGCCCGACGGCUGGUAGUGGUAGCGCAAGUUGCAGUACAACGACCCCUGGUGAUAGUAACUGUAUCAGUGUUCCUAGUAGUACGGUCCAAAAGCACGCCAGCGGCAACAGCGUCAACUGUGGAAGCAUCGUUAGCAACUCGGGAAGCAACCUACAGUAUUCUCCACCCUCUGGUAUCCCUUUCAUGCAAUCCAUCAACUCAGUGAUGACGUCCGCUAUAGCCAACAGUAGUAACAAUUGCGCCAAUGGUGGUGGCAAGUCCGAGGUAUCGAGUGCGAAAAUGCUAGGGCCUAGUGACGAACACGGUUCGAUCUAUGAUAAUGGUACCAAUGCUAGUAACUGCACCGGAGGUAACAGCAGGAGUAUGAGCAUUACCCGUUCGCAAGGUGGGGGUACCAUUGGCGACGACCAUUCGCAUGGUAACUGCAACAGCAGUAACCUGAGUAUGAGCGGAGGAAAUGGUCGAAGAAUAUCUGCCACGAACUACCCUCGGGAACCAUCGGAUGGGGGGCAAGGUAUCGGUAUUCGAGGGCGGCAACGUGACCGACAGCACUACCGCAACGGUCCCUAUUCGACACUUCCAGAGAGAUCGAACCCAAUCAACCAUCACCGGAUAUCGUCCAGCAGCUGGUACGGCAAUAGCAGCAACAGUGGUGGGGGUGACAAUCUAGCAGCGAUCAAUCAACCGCAAUCAACUGGUGUCUUGUUGUCACCGCUCGCUACACCAUCUACCCGCAAUAUCAUCUAUAGUGCCGCCACCGCCGCCGGUGGUGGUCAACAGGAUCAUUCCAAUCAAACGUCGUCAUCGUCGUUGGCGUCGACCAUAGCGCCGAAUACCACUACUAUCAUCGGAGCAUGUGGAUCCGCCAUUGGCAGUGAACAGCAGAGCGAGCGCAGCAACGUUGUGGGCAUCAACAUUAACAACAACAGUUAUGAUAAGUUCAACUUGAAGAAACGUCAGAAAUCUCGCUCGUCUGACUCGGAAUCGCCUAGUGACGGAGGACACCAUCACCACCAGCAGCAGCAGUCGUCAUCGCAUCAUCAUCAUCACUCACACCACUCGCGACAUACGCCCCCGCCGGUCCCAUCUGCUGUACCCCACCAUCACCACCAUUCGCAUUUGAGCGGUCAUCACAACCACAACCACAUCAUCGGUACCACUACUGCUGGUGGCAGUUUCGGUCCCCACUCGCACAACAGCAGAAGCGAUCGGUCCAACUCAAGGUCCAGGUCGCGAUCACCCAGUAGUUCUUGUUCCUCUACCAACAGUACCACUACCAGCCAAUCGAACGAAACUUCGUCGACUACAAGAAGUCCUGCGAAUCUUGCACUUGGUGGUAGCGGUAGCAGUGGUCCAGUGGGUAGUGUUGGACGGGAAAGGCGAUCGGAGCGGAUAGAUCGUGACUCAGCGACAAUUCGCGGAGGCUUACAAUCGGCUGUGACAGUUAGUAGCAAUAAUAAUGGCAGCAGCAGCAGCUCCGGUGCCAGUAAUAGCAGUGGUUCGGGAGGUGGCAAUUUAAAUUGUCAUUCGGAAGACAAUCGACCAUUGGCUAUUUGCGUGCGUAAUCUUCCGGCCCGUUCGUCCGAUACCUCGCUGAAGGAUGGUCUGUUUCACGAAUACAAAAAACAUGGCAAAGUAACAUGGGUGAAGGUGGUUGGUCAAAAUACCGACCGGUACGCGCUAGUGUGCUUCAAGAAGCCAGAGGAUGUUGAGAAGGCUUUGGAGGUGUCCCACGAUAAAUUGUUCUUCGGUUGCAAGAUUGAAGUAGCACCUUACCAGGGCUACGACGUUGAUGAUAACGAAUUCCGGCCUUAUGAAGCGGAGCUGGACGAAUAUCAUCCCAAGUCCACCCGAACGCUUUUCAUUGGGAACCUUGAGAAGGACAUCACGUCGAGCGAACUUCGCAAACAUUUCGACUGUUUCGGCGAAAUUAUUGAGAUUGACAUUAAGAAGCAAGGUGUGAGCGCAUACGCGUUCUGUCAAUAUUCGGACAUUGUGAGUGUAGUGAAAGCCAUGCGUAAAAUGGACGGUGAACAUUUGGGCAGCAAUCGAAUCAAGCUUGGAUUUGGUAAAUCGAUGCCCACCAAUUGUGUAUGGAUCGAUGGCAUUGCGGACAGUGUUAGCGAAGGUUAUUUGAAAACACAAUUUGAUCAUUUCGGUGCGGUUUCCCAAGUUACUAUCGAUCGCGAACGGAAACUUGCGCUAGUGUUUUUUGAACAGGUCCAAUGCGCGCAAUCCGCGGUGAAGGAAAUGCGCGGUGCGACAUUACGUGGCAGAAAACUGCAAGUGGAUUUUGCCUCUCGUGAGUGCCAAGACGCGUUUUUCGACAAGUUGGACAAACAGUCGAGUACUUCGUUCGGUUCUCCACGGUUCGAGUCUGGCUCAGCGGGUAGAUACAGCAAUAGUCGCUACUUAGAAACUUCCACUCGGAAUAGGGCCACUUCGUUCAGCCGGCCGGGCAAUCCAAUCAGUCUCGGGGGAGCCGUAUCUCCCCGACUUGACCCCUCUCCGGCGAGUCGGGGUGGCGCUGGCGGUGGUUCUAGCACAAGAUCUCGAAUCGUGCGCUAUUCAAGUGAUGAUUACUAUCUGGACGGUGGAGCCAACCCUCACAGCACCAACAACGAUCGGAGGUUUCGUAACUACGAUGAGUACAGUCAAGGAUCGGGUGCCAGUUCCCAUGAGGAUGUGUACGAACAUGAUAGUUAUAAUAGCGGUCAUACGAGGAGUAGUGUACAUGAUCGGCUCCAACCUCCGCCGGUAUCGGACUCACCUCCACCACCCGUGACGUCCAGUAGUCUAUCGUUUUCGAUACAAUCCCGCCUGGGAGAUGUAGAACCUGUAGUUGGCCAAAGCAGAAAGCGAAACGAAAAAAGUCCAGGUGAUAUACGAUAUUUACAAAAGGAGAGAGUACAUAUUUUAGAGCAAUUAGAAGAAUGCCCGUCCAGUGGUGAUGAGUUAGUGAGUCCAAAGAAACGUAUCAAAUACAAUUCAGAUGCUCACCAUGGCAGUAGCAGUGACCCAUCUGAUCAUCAUCAUCCUCAUUAUGCAUCUUCUACUGCUUCUGCUGCCGCCGCAACGGCAAAUGAUGCAGUGACGAGUGGUUCGUCGUGUGAUCCAGUAAUGGCAACCGGUGGUAGCAAUAGCGGCGGAGCGAGCGGCGGUGGCGGCGGUGCCGGACAUCUUCACUAUAAUAGUAAUAACAGUAGCAGCAACCAUUACAACAGCAGUCAUCACCACCACCACCAUCAUAACAGUAGCGAUAAUAGUGUACAGUCCGGGUUUUCCUCUUCCUCCACGGCCUCGCACCACCGAAAAUGCGUUGAGGUUCGGCGACUUUCGGACUGUAUUCUGCAGCAAUCAAAAUCGUUAUCAAGCCAAUCAACGCCUUCAUCUAUGCAUAGUAAUAAUAAUAGCAGAAGACCGUCCACUGAGAGCAGUUCGUUGCAUCAAAGACAUGGUAGCAGUAGUAGUAAUAGUUCUUCCAGUUUACAACAAUCACACCUAGAUAGCGGACAUCUCUAUUCGCAUUCGUUGAACAAACGACGGAAAACAAUCUUGAACAGUGACAAUAGUAUGACUGUUAUUGCAAGUGCGGGAACUCCCUCGGUUUCCGCCAAUGAACACCACCAUUCGUCGCGUGGUCGGGGUCAUCAGCUGCAUUCGAUACAUUCGCACGAAGCAAGCGGAGGGGAGAGCGCCGAUGGUUCACGGCCGGGAACACCUCUUUGUGAUGAACGACCCGAGAACCUGCCGCCAAGCGAACCACGACGAAUACCUGCAAGUCGGACGUACAAUCAAGAACCAAUGAGUCUGCCUUUGCCACGAUUUGCGAUACAGUUCCUGCAACAAUAUCGUUUGCAAAACCAGCAGCAGUCAACAGCAGUAGCGUCUGUAACUCCAACCCUGUCGACGACAGCAAGCAGCGCUGUAUCCUGUCCGUCGUUGAGUCAAUCCUCGUCAACGUCAAUAUAUUCCACUGUGACUAACUCAUCCGUGUCACAGCCAACACAUACCGCCGCGUCCUCUAGCGGUGUUCUCAGCAGUCUACCUUCACUGUUGUCUAAUUCUAGUCUACCCAAUAGCGCAAUGUCGAGUCCGCCUCCGAUGCACGCGACAAAGCUUUCGCUUAUCAUACCCUCGAACGUAUGUCCGAGUAACAAUUCGACAAGCGGGGAUACCCCGGCUAGUGCAUCGACAUCGACCAGUCUUGAACAUGGUGGCGGUAGCCAAGCACCAGCUAGUCCUUUGCGGGCGCCAUCUGUCAGUUCCAAUUCUAGUGAUUCCGAAGCUGGACCUUCUACUUCUCCUUCUUUGGAAGAACGAAUCAAUCGAUUGGACGAACUGUACGAGAAAUGGUCCGGAAGCAGCCAAACUAGGGCAAACAACAAUGCGGCUGGCGAUCAUCACUUUAAUGAUCGACACCACAAUCACCAUCUAUACCACCACAACAAUCAUGUCAGCAUAGGGGCGACAACGGGAAGCUUGAACCAAUCACCUAUAUCCAACGUAUCGUCAUCUUCCACAUCGUCGUUCCGGCACAGAUUCCUAGAACUUGAUGUUCACGAAGUCCCUCCAUCCGAUAUCGUGAAGUCGCUUCUCUCGCGAAAGUCCAUCUUCGACGAAGAUCUCAAGCGAUUGGAGAACAUCAGCGACAAGUAUGAGCCCGGUGCUUUCGCAAAUUACUCCAAACCCACUAUCAAUCUGACUGCUAUCGUUGGAUCAACAACGAGUUCCGCUACCGUAUCGCCGGUAAACACUAUCAUUGCAUCGCAAUCUCCACUACAUGCGCUUAAAGCUCAAACUCCACCGGCAUCUGGUUUUCAGCGGCUCGGAGGUAGCUGUAGUACAUCUGGAUCGCCCAUGAACAGUCCACAGCCAUACAACAGUCCCAAUCCGUCUGUGAAGUCCUGUCUACAGUAUCCGUUUCCAAGCCAUCCGCCGACACUACCACUGGCAGCAGUCACGACGUCUACCCCCGGUAGUACUACGACGACUACAGUGUCGUCGAUGGGCUCGAUGACUACCACCACCGGUAGUACGAACAUCGGAACGAUCUCAACCUUCUCUACCACUACAGCCAAUUUAAGUUCCGUUCCUUCUUCUUCUUCCUCUCCGCUCACUACUUGCACGAGUGCGUUGGCUAUUCCUACGCUAAGUACAUGUGCAACCACCAGCUGCUAUUCUAGCACAGCAACACCAACAACAACAGUUGUAGCAGCAGCUCUAGCUCCAGCGGCGUUAGCUUCGUGCAAAAGCAGCAUUACGGCCACCUUAGCAAAUAAACCAAAGACCAAUGUUUUAAAUAAAAGUAUUAGUUUAACAGAAAAAGCAAGUACAAAUAUUAGUAGUAACAACAGUAAUAAUUUAUCGAGUAAUAAUAAUGUAACGAGUACUAUCGGUAGUAGUAGUAGCAUUAGUGCCAGUGAGUCCUUAUCGGUUACAACUACGACGACAUUUACUGCAACGACAACGAGCCUAGCAACACCGAAAGUAUCCUCAACGAUCUCUUCUUCUUCUUCUUUGUCCGUAUCGUCGGUAGACACGGUUGUGACAGCCAGCAAUGUCGCAGAUGCAGAAGCUUCAGCAGCAGCUGCGAAGUCUUCUACCACCACCACUACGACGCGGUUGCCCGCCUCGUACAGUUUUAAAAGCACUACAAUCACUUCGACUCCGCCCGGUAGUACAAAUUCCGGUACUGUGCGAUCAAGCAGCAUACCAACACCGCCGACGAACGCCACUCCCACAGAGGAGGUGCAUCUGCAUUCCACUAGUUCUAACAAUAACCAUAGUAAUAGCCCAAAAAAUAGUGAGAAAGAGGACAAGUCAUCGAGUGGCAGCAACGUGUCUGGUGGAAGUAGUAAACACCACAAAGAUCGACGGAAACUAUCGACAUGUUCAACGAACUCCGGCUCUGCCAUGCCACCAGCUGCGAUGCCUACUACCUCCUCUGGCACCGCUCCUUCGUUGCCAGAACCGAAAUCGAGUGAGAGUUUGCCGACAAGUGAUAACGAUCAAUCUCAUCCUCAUCAUCAUGUUGCGGUCAAUGCAAGGCACACGAAAUCUAAUAAACUGAAUCAUCACCACAGUCACAGACAUUCCAGUGACAGUUGCAGCAGCAGUUCAAGCAGUCUGGCAUCGACAGCCACCCAGAAAAGCCAUCAACGGGAUACGUCCGACGACAUGAACGACUUCGAUCGUCUCAAGCGGGACAUGUUGCUGAACUCGGUGAAGGAUUCACGAAGUGGUGGAACUUCUGGUCGCAAAGAGAAGGAUCGCGAAGAGCAACGAGACAGAGAGAAGGAACACAAACAAGAAGAUGAUCGUACUUCGAGAACGGAGAAAGGAGACCAGCGUCGUUUACCAUCGGAGCGGCAAGAGAAAGAACAUGAAGAUCAAAAACGGAAAGAAGAACAAGAUGAUCGCAAAAGAUCGAGUGAGCAGCAGGAGAAGGAGUUCUUGCGGGAGCGCCAAUCGCAAAAAGAGCGAAGCGAAGAGAGGGAGAAGGUUGAGCGCGAAAAGCGGAAUAAGGAUGCCAGAGUUGAUCAUGAACAUGGAACAACAACUACAAGCAAAGGUGCUGAUGCUGGGGAUUAUGUAACAGCCGCUCUAAAUAAACGCCAAAUAAACCAUCACCAUGAAGAGCGACGUGGUCGCGUUGAUUCGACGGGAAGUAGUUCUCCUAGUAGGAACACAUCCAAGCGCAGGUUCAGUUCACAGGAUAGCAAUGACUCACCUCAUGACGAUGUCAACGUUUUGAAAAGAUACAAGCAGAACGAUGAAGAUAGUGGGCGUAAUGCGACGGAAGCGCGGGACACUGGAAAGGAUGGACGGAAAGACAAACAUCCCAAAGGCCAUAACCGUGCGGAGAAAUCCUUCAAAUCGUCGUCAGUUUCCUCUAGUUGUUCAGAGACAUCCUUCACACAGCCAAACGCCCUCAACAUCGGUGGUAAACAACAAGACAAUCUCGACGCAAAACAACAAUUUUUGUUGGAAGAACGUCGAAAGGAAAUGCCGUUCAGUGGUGAGGAUCAGAUCCAACAACACAAUCAUCAUCGGAAAAAGGAACGCUAUCACGAGAAGCACAAGUCCAAGAAGGAUCGUGAUGCAUCCAGAGACAAAGAGAACACCCAAAGUGCGAAUUUUGGAAUGGACACCUUCGCCGACCAUCGCUCCACUAGUGACGAUGAUGACCACGCCCAUAUGCGUCUUAAAAAGGAUCGAAGCAAUUCGAAGGACUACAGAAAACAGUGUCAUGGGGAAAGUGGCGGAGAGUACAAGAAGUAUGAGCGUAAACAUAGUCGCGCAGAAUCAUCCGCGGACGAGGAAGGGAGAAAGAAGAAAACACGACCGAACAAUAAUCGAACCAAGACUGCCAACGGCAGUUCGGAUACGGACGAUUCGGACGAGCCAAAGAAACAUUCGAUCUUCGACAUAAUCGACGAAGGUCCAAACAUUUCGAUGUACGAUAAGGUGAAAGCCCGAUCGUGUAAAAAUAUGCAGAAGCACGAAGAGGAGAAAAAAAUCAAAGCCAAAUUUUCCAAGCUCAAGCAGAGCCGUGCAAAGCGGGAGGGUAAGAACCGUUCCAAGAGUUGGGACGAAGAUUCUGACUCGGACGGGAUGAACUCGGACACGAAUUCUGUAAACAGCAAGUAUAACCAUAAAGAUCAGCUGAACAAAAGUGGAAUGAUCACGACGUCUGACGACGAGGAUCAUUUGCCAUCGACUCCCAGAUUCAGACGACACAUGAAGGAUCUGGCUUCCGAUUCGGACGAGGAAAACAAUCGCAUCCAGACGAAUCGUGACCGGCUGAAUAACUUGUGCGACGAUGAGAGCUCUGACGGAGAACAUUCCACCAAACAGCAGAUAACUCAGACAUCUCGUCGAAGUUCGGCGGAGAAGAAAAUUUCUCGGAAAAACUCACGUUCGACUCGGAUACAAUCGGAUUCCGACACCGAGGAUGGUAGCACUCCUGCUCGCCAGAAACUACCGACUACGAAAUGUGAGAAUAAACACACGGAACAAAUUGGACAAACGGUAGACAACGAAAAGUAUCUUUCGUCCGUUCUGAACAUGGACGUCAUAACGGUGAAGGCAGAAAUUAAGCGCGAAGAAGGAGGAGAUGUGCAAGAGGAUGUCACGAAGCCAAUCAUCAAGGUAGAAACUAAAGUUCAACCUCCGUCCGCUCUGAUCACUAGCGACGUAUCUGAUGACGAUGCUGUGAAGAGCGUCGUGAAAUCGGAACUCAUCCCGAGUACCAUGAUCAAACGCGAGCCAGCUGAUGAAGUGUUCAGCAGCUAUACCAAGCAACUGUCGUCAGGUCGAAACUGUGAGGCUUCUUCGGAAGGCGAGCAGAAUGCUUCAGCGCAGGUGUCGACUGUCAAGAUUCAGGAUACGGUAAACUUUGCCGUCGAACAGUUGGCAUACGGCGGACACUCGGAGGCUAAGAAAAAGCACAAGAAGAAGCAGAAGCGCCACAAGACUUUUGAGGGAACUGAAGGCGAACUUAAGAGCGAGAAAACUCAUUCCCCGUGCGACGAGGAAGGUGGUGGUGGUGGUACUAUGGGUUCAAUGUUCGAUGAACCAAGGAAGAACUUGGAUGAUCACAGCAGUAGCACCAAGAAGAAACAUAGCGGGAGAAAAGAGAAACGGCGGGAGCGUUCGAAGGAAGAGUACGAGAAGUCGGGAAAAUCUAAGAAGUCCAAAAAUAAACACAAAGAAUUCAACAAACUUUCGGAGGUGAUAGUUUCGAGCAUGAAAAGAGAGGACAAGAUGGAGGAUAUUUUUGGUCCUAUUUCGGACGAAGAAUCACACCAUUCAUCGGUCGAAACGGAGACAUCCGCAAGGCAGGAUUCGAUCGAUUCGGAACCGAAGGUUGAAGAAGAAGUAAAGUCUCCAGUAGACCACCGCAAUGAUUGCGAGACGAGUGAUAAGGAGAAGAUAAAGGAAGACUCCCGAAGACGGAAGGAGAAGAAACGACGAGAGCGUGAGAAGUUGCGGGCUGCGAUUACGAUGAAGGAGGAAGAGAAUAGCGUAGACCUUGACGAAGCAGGUCGUGCUCUGGAAGCACAGUUGAUGAGCGACUCUGAUCAGAAGGCUGAAGAUGCAUCGCCCGCAUCAACCGUCACGACCAGUGGCAAGCGAUCUUCUGUUGAUGUGAUGGAUGUGUUUCGAUUCACCGACGGAGACGAUAGUAUGGAGACGUCGUUCAACGAGAAGAAGGAAUCUGACCAUGGUCGUAAGGAAAAGAAAAAGAAGAAGAAGCGUGGCAAGGAUGAGAAACAUAAGCAUCAUCACAGCAGCAGCAGCAGCAGUAACAAUAACAAUCACGUGGACAGUUCUCCCGCAAACACAAUCACGCAAACGUCGAACAAGCUGUCUUUGGACAUUACUUCUGCCCUACUGGACGAUUCCAAGCACAACAUUAGCAAACCCUCGCCAAGUUUACCCUGUUUGCUGGAUGAAAGUCCACCAUCCUCAAAUAUGCAGCCGGCGCUACAAAUAGCCGAGUCCAACCCAGUUGAACCAUCGUCAUCGGUGCCAAUCUCGACUGCUUCGGAUACGCUACCCAUCUCUCCUGUGUCCAGCAAGACGGAAGAAGCACAAUUUGUGACAACAAAGGAUGACAAUCAGUUUAUGCAGUCUCCUGAAUCAAGCGCAUCGUUACAGUCAAAGCGUAAGCAGGAAAAACUCAUACCAGGAUUCGGAUCGGAGAUAGAUGAACACAUUCACCAGAAAGCGGUUUUGUCUAUUUCCGGUGAGUUCAUCACUGAGAAGAACAUCAAAGAUGAGCUCAAAUCAUCCGAUACGGAUGAUUCUCUGAAGCAUCAUAAAUCAGACGAUUUGAAGAUUGAAGAAAAAUCAAGAGUUGUGAUCUCACAGGAGGAGACCGAAGAUGCGGUUGCUGCCCUACUAGGAGAAAGCUUUGGAACAUCGAAUACACCUGAUUUUUCGAUUGAUUAUUCUAUCGAUCAAGCUGAUGAGUCUUCCUCGCAACUAAUCAACGACCCGGGACAGAUUCCCGAAGAAGAUGACGAGGAAAUGAAGAAAGCAAUUCUCAGUUUGAACACCGAGGAACACAUAAAGCUGGAUAUGAAACCCGAUACACCACAGUCUGAACAUGAUCUGCAAAUCGAUACCGAUACGGAUGAUCAGCCAGACGAUGAGCACCCCGCUAGUUUGCUAAGAUUCGAUAAUCCCCCAAAGACGCCAGAUGUGGAUCUGAGUCAAAUCGGUAAGUCGUUAUCGGACGUCGUACAUGGGUCUGUUUCGGCCCCGAAUUCCGUCAAAAAGGAUGACAAACUGGAGAUGCCGGAUACGCCGGGCAAAAAUUGUCAGAUUGUGGAGCCUACGCCGGUUGUUGUUUCUUCGGUGAUCGCCAAAAUAACCACCACAACAGUGGCGGCAAUUUCGUCAACGACUUCUACUGCUACUACAACCGCAACGAUGAGUGCAACUCCCCCGACAACUACAUCUACCAUAAAACCAACAGUUUCGCUGCAGGCACCGAAAGCUGCGCAAAAACAAAUUGCCACGACAACAACUACUGAGCCGACAUCGUCUACGGUCAAGGACUCACAGGCGAAGAUCGUAACAGCAGUAUCUAAAUCGAUAACUGUAUUCACGUCUACGUCUUUACCGACACAGACUAAACCAACAGUGAAACAAACGGCACACAUUCAGCCUCAUCAAUCACAGAUGCAAUCUCCGACGCGUCAUCAAUAUAUCGUACAAGCACCACCCACGAUAACUAUCCCGGAGCAGCACAUAGUCUAUCAACCAGUGGAUACAAUUAUGUCUCCAAGAGGACAGGUGAGCGUUCACGAUCCAAGAAUGCAGUCUCCAAAGCUACAACUUCCGCAGCAAACUGGCUUUCCAAGAACACCGCCAUCGUCGGCAACUAGUCCCAACCUGCCAAGACCACAGCAAUCCACGGUUCCCAACCGGAACUCCCCGCAGCUUAGUCCGGUGAUAAGUUCCCACUCGAUGAUAAUCCAUCAACAGAGUGGUCGCAUCCUGGUGUCUUCACCAACUUCGAGCAGCAGCCAGUUCAGUCCGAAAACUGUUCAAAUAGCCCAACCAGUGCAUACCACCGGACCACGGUUCCCGGUCGUUACGCAGCUGAAGCCAGCUCAAUCACCUCAAAAGGUGGUCGAUCAACUUCCGAUCAAGCAGAUUGGAACCCAUAUUGCUGCUACCAAUACCGCAUCAAUAUCCUCGUCGCAAGCGAAGGAAAUCGCUACCAGCGGUACAAAAGUGGUGACGUCUACUUCGACCAUGCCAACAGUUGCGAAUACUUUUCUCAUCCACAAUACGAAAAUGCCAGAACCCGUACAGAAGGUACUAACAGGAGGUGGCACUCCGACGAAAACAGUCCCCAGUUACAUCCAGCAUUCGGUCAACAAACCUUUUGUACCUUCAAUGCCAGGAAGCCAACAACCAAUUCGUACGACGCAUACGACGCCGGUAUCGUCAACGCCGGUGAAUGUUGCUGUGUCCAAACCCAAAGAGGAUAUCAAGCUCCAGAACACCAUAUCCACAAUAAUGUCGAAUCCCAACCACAACGCCCAAUCUACGCAGGCACUCCCAACAGUGAUCUCUUCUGAUACAUGCGAGAAAUCUUUGACACCGAAUGCAGAAACGCAUUCUGCGGGUGUAGACAGCAGUACAAACAAACAUCAACAGACGAAUUCCAAGCUCGAAUCAUUGACGGCCGAAGAGACCAAGAAACAAAUCACCGAGUCCCAACAGAACAAGGAAAAUAUAGCAAACAUCACCGUUGGUGUAUCCAACACGCUUCCCAGUGUUCUUGCUAUCGACCAGGAAGAUCCCGAGGGCGAUUCGAAGGAAGAUAGCGACUAUUGGUCCACCAAAGACACCAUCAUCGAUUCGGUGAUCAAAAAGGUUGAUGCGCUUUGCUCCGAGGAUGACCCUCCGGAGGGAGGAUCUACACUCAACGAUGAUAAACCGAAACCCUUAGGAACCAUUCUUCAUCCGUCGGAUUUGGAGCCAUCGUGUAAAUUAGGCACGGUAGACGACAAGAAGGCUGAGAAACCAGAACCAACCACGGCAGUGGUUACAACGCCUACUGUUCCACCUCCAGUGUCCACAGUUCAGACGGUCAUAUCUUCCAUCGUACAACAGAGUCCGCCUGUUACCACCGAGAUUGAUACACAUACCGGCGAAGAGGAUGAACACGAUGAUGCGUCUACCGAGAACGCUGUUCAGGAAUCAUCACCUCGUGGUGGAAAAAGAGGAGGACGUCGUGGUGGGGGUAGGAAGACUUCUGAGAGUGUUAGUACUCCGGUUAAAGUACAAGUGUCGGAAACGGAGAUGAACACACCUGCCAAGAGGGGCGGUAAGGCGGGCAGUAAACGGGGUAGAGGUGCUGGAAGAUCCAGUAGUGUACGCGUUGAACCCUCAGUUGUCCAAAGCGUUCCGUUGAGCGGAUUGAAAGCCAAGAGUUUGACAUCUGGAUCGGAUAUCUACGAAUUUCAUGAUGAUUCCGGUGAAGAAGUUACUACCGCUGAUAAGCAUCAACCAGAUGGAACCCGGCCGAGACUGAUAUUGACUAUCAAGAAUCAAGCUGGCACCACAGCUCCAGUUAGUAAUAUCCAAACUACGUCCACCAGUUGUGCACCAGUAGUAACAUCGAUAAACUCAACGCCUCUCGCUACGGUCGGUCCUACCCCAUCUUGUCCAGCGUCUCAGCAGCCUCCAGUGGAAGUUCUGGGUGGUCCUAUUCCGGUCAAUGAUUCUUCAAAAGAAGAAUUUAUUCAUCCAUCGGCUAACACUCGGAAAUCACGACGUUUGCUGGAAAAAGAUGGCCGCACUACGGUCGACGAUAUAAUUGAGGAUGUAAUUCGAAACGGUCCGUCACCUCGAGUCGUACAUCCAGUCCCGAACCAACAGUCUUCAUCGGCGCCGAUGAUUGCUGGCCAGCAGUUCCAAUCACAGCAGAUAAGCAAUUCACCUCAAUCGGCGCAAAUUGGAAUCGCUGCCGCAGGGUCAAAUUUGCAACCGUUACCGCCAUCAUCGCAACCAAUGCAUUCUACAGGACCUACAGAUGCUAGCGGCCAACCGAAUAGGAGGGCCACUAGACAACAGCAUGUAGCAGCAGGUGCUAAUAUUGUUGGAGCAGAUGUUCGCAAAUCACCACGCGCAUGUCGGAAAGGCAAGGAUAGAAAGAUAUCGGAAACCUCGGUGGACAGCAGUGAUGAAAAGUCAUCAUUGGGUCCGGCUAGAACCGGCCAAAUGGAUGUGAAAACCGACGAAAAAUCAGUGUCUGGUAUACUUUCGGCCACCGCACCAAUUACACUCAGUGUUUCGGUCACACGACCCAACGAAACAGCUUCUCUGGCUGACAAGUCUAAAGAAAAGCCGAAAUCAGCUGAUGAAGUGAAGAACGAAUUGGGUUGCUCUCAGGUAAGUUCGUUGAGUUUGAUUGAUCCUGUCACGGGAGAGCUUACGAUGAUGCGAACGAGCAAAGAAGGACAAUAUGUGCCGAUGCCAAAUGCGCCACAACCUUUGAAGAAAGUUAUUGCUGCAGCGGCGAAUGCACAAAAUGCUGCUGAACAGCAGAAGGCAGCGAUAUCAGCAAUUCCACCUGCGUCACCGAUUCCAAAUCGAGCUCUCACACCGGGAUCAUCCCCGUCACCUGGCCUGACAAGGGUACCAACACCAAACACAACGGUGCCUUCCCAUCUGGCGCAACAAAUGGAAGCUCAGAAGCUGACUUCCACCAUAGUAUCGAAACAGAACAGUCAACUGCUGCAAACAUCGCAAGCUCCAACUGUUCCUGCGACCACUGUGGUUGUUCCACCAUCGCCACUCGGUACAGGAACAGUAGUCAUUCAACAUGCUCAAGGGCAUCCUCAGGUUCAACAUCCGCAACCAAUUGUGCAACAAACUUCAACGAAACCGCACACUCUGAAGGCCCAUGUUUUGAACUCGCAGCAAAUGUUGCAACAGCAACAACAACAGCAGCAGCAACACCCGGGAAAACCACCAACCCAGGUCACAUCUCAACAACAAACACAAAUAGUGUACAAAUCGGUGAUCCCUCACCAACAACCUGGUGCGGGAGCUAUACACACAACAACAGGAAAACAGAUUCACCCAAGUACAAGCUCCAAAAUGCCACCGCAAGUUAUUUCGCAGGGUGGACCGUCCCAACCCCCUCAACAGCAACACAUCAUUAUUCAGAAUCCGCUGUCUCAGCAGCAGUUAACCAUCAAUAAACAUACCCUCAUCAACAAAUCGGUGACACACCAAUCGGCAGUACAUCAUCCACCCGGUAGCGGAAAUCUACUUAUCAAUAUACCUCAGAACAUGCAUCAUCUCGGUAGUGUUCAAAUGUCCCCAAGGAUGCCACAGCAUCAUCAGGUGGUGAUCACUAACACCAAACCAACGCCUGGAUCGAUGCAAAGUCAGUCGCAACAUUCGCCUCAUGUCAUCCACAAACAGACCACGGUUCAAACGCAGCAAUCGAACCAACCGAAUCCAUCCGGUACCCAACAAAUCAUCAUACACGGUGGGAAAGUUUCGUCGGGUCAUCAUCAGAUCCCUGCGGGAUACACAACUGUGUUGCAAAGUGGAGGAAAAAUUAUACAUCAAGGUCCGGUUCAGCUUGCAAGUCAGCCACAGCCCCUGAAUCAAGGACAACAGCAGCCGUCGCAACAGCAGCCGCAUCAGCAGCAAUCAAUUGGUAUGCCCGGUAAGCACGCGGCUCACACCAUACAGGUAUCCAGUGGAAGUAGCAUCCCAAUACAGUACCAAUCGCAACCGCUCCAAUCACAUCCGUCUGUUGUUCACAAAACUGUAACCGCCGUUCACGGUGGACAACAGGUGAAAAUCCAGCAGCAUAAAGUUGGCUCGGAAAGCCUCACCCAUAUGCAAUCAGUACAACAACAACUCGGUGGUGGCAAACCGAUGGUCGUUCAGCAUACGAACCCAACCGUAACAGGUAAACUUUCGCUACAUCAGCAACCGCAACAGCAGCAGCAGCCAAUAAUGUCUCACAAUCACUCGGUUGGAUUGACUAAGGGGAACCACGCAAUACAGCAGCAGCAGCAGCCGCCACCAGGAGGUCAAUCAGGUGGUAAUCAACAGCAACAAGUACCUUCAUCCCAACAACUGUUGACGAUUCAGCAGGGCAAGGGUAUCUCUCCCCAUCUGCAUCAGGCUCCACAGAUUCUCACCGGUGCCGUUGCAAGUCCGCCGCUGAAACAGCCACACAUGCAAAGCCAGCAGCCUAUCGUAACGGGAGCAAGCAGUUCUCGCGUGACAGGUCCCCCAAUCAGUCCCCAGGGUCAACCCAGCCAACAGCCAUCACCUGUUUCCCAUCUACGACACGUUCAGCAACCGGGCUUGAACGUACCGCCACAGGUGGCCUAUGAAGCAAAUCCGCAUGCAGAUUUUGCUGGGUUUAUCACUCGCGGUCAAAGCCCACCACCAGCUCAUCAGCAGCAAACGUCACCUAUCACACCGACUGAUGCUACUUUCCGCGGAGGUAUGCCACGUGAUUACGUCAAGUACAUGUACGGUAGAAACAAUAUUCACAUUCCAAGCAGUAGAUCACCAAUGCUGCCAGGUUCGGUGGAGCAGCGAGAGUUGUCCGAAAUGAAAGAAACCGUUGCGGCUAGCCCUCCCCUCGAGUUGCGUCGUCCUUCCAGUGGUCCACGUCCAGUCACGACCGCCGUGCCACAUAGUUUGCAGAGCCCUGGCGAUCGUUCCACAGAUUCACCACAAGUGGCGCAAGUAUACAUUGGUAGCGCUCGAAUCCCGCACACCUACUCGGACUCUCUCAACACUCUGUUCUAUGAUCCGGCGGCGGGUGGUCCCAAUGUGCCACCACGCGCAUUGAGUACCGAACCUCCACCCGCUCACAGACCACACAAUCUGUCAACAGGCGGAGGAGGAUUCCCACCAGGUUCCUCGUACCCUGGCACUCCUAGCCAAACACCACCACCAGCGUCACCAGCGAAUCUUUCACAGGUUCAGCAACGUGAUCAACAACAACAACAACAACAACAACAGCAACGUGAUCGCGAACUGCAGCAACAGCAGCGGGAUCGUAUCACGAUGCCAGCUCAUACAGCGGCCACACCAAUUUCGGCGUCUCCGAUGCCGGUCCACUCUACUGGCGGCGGCGGCGGCGGCAUCCCGGUGGUGAUAUCUCAACAGCAGACCGCAGCCGGACGCAACCUCCAGGUUGCAACGCCACCGAUCGGGGGCGCCCAAAUUCCUAGUGUCCCGCCGCAGAAUGACUCUCUGGAGGCACUGUUGCAGCGCUAUCCCGUCAUGUGGCAGGGGUUACUCGCACUCAAGAAUGACCAAGCUGCAGUGCAGAUGCAUUUCGUGCACGGUAACCCUGGCGUUGCCGGUAGUUCGCUGCCGAGCAACAGCGACGGGACUACGCCGCCCCUGCGCAUUGCCCAGCGGAUGAGGCUAGAGCCGGCCCAGAUCGAUGGUGUCGCGCGGAAGAUGCAAAUGGACCAGGAACACUGUAUGCUCCUUGCGCUCCCGUGUGGACGCGACCGGAUGGAUGUGCUUCAGCAACAGAACAAUCUGCAGACCGGCUUUAUCACCUAUUUACAGCAGAAGCAGGCGGCCGGCAUUGUGAACAUCGCCGCGCCGGGCAGCUCACAGGCCGCCUAUGUCGUACACAUAUUCCCGUCGUGUGAAUUCGCCAACGAUAAUUUGGCCCGCAUCGCACCCGAUCUGAUGCACCGUGUAGCGAAUAUUCAAUAUUUGCUGAUAGUAAUCGCCACGGUAUAAUGUGUUAACAAGGAAGCGAAUAAAAAUAUAUAUGACAACUCUCAACCGAACGUGACCAGAAAGAUAGAAGGGAUUGACACAUCCAAUGAACAUACACUUUACGACAGGACUCUAGCAGAAAGAAUGUAGGGGAAUGUAAAUUGAUCUCAUUAAAUUACUCUAUAGAGUGGUGGAGCUGGCAGAUGAUUUUAUCAUCUUGCAUUCAAGCUGAGAGACGGUUUAGAGUUGAAAGUUAGUUUCAAUAGAGCAACGAGAGAGAGGAGAUACGAUACAAAGAAGAAGAGAUAAGCUAGCGUUGAGAAUACAUUGUUGAAUAAUAUUAUAAGGAAGAGCAACAAGUGGUUAAAUAUAAGCAACUAUUUGAUAAAUGGUUACAUAAUCUUAAUAACCAGAAGUGGAUUAUUGUCAAGUUGAUGAACACAGAAACAAAAAAAGCUAGUGACGAGCAAAAUUAGCUGAAAUGCUAAAUGCAGCUUAAUACACACAAAAAACAAACGCGUAUCUUUGGACGAUAAAUAUAAAUUCGGAAACUGAUUUUUACUACUGUAUAAAAAAAUGGAAGAAAGGAAGUUGAUGUGAAAACUGUGAUUUUGAUCAUAAUUUUUAAGUAUUAUGAACUCUUUAUACUAAUAGGCUGAAACGUUGCAGUAAAGCGCAAGCGCACGUUAAGCUUACAUGUUAAAUAAUUAUAACUGCUUUUCCUCGUUUAGUGAGCAAUAUUGCGCUACAAGAGGACGAACUACGAUUAGGAUUGGUACACAAUACACACUAGCUGGAUGAAGAGGACUCUUCUCUUUCAACUAAUAAUUUAUUGGCUAUUGUUUUUUUUGUUAACACAUAUCUCAUUCAAUUAUUUUUCCCGAACGCGCGGUGUACCAUGUUUUGGCGGCAAGCGAUGUGUCGUACAAUAUUUAUAACAUGUAUAGGAAGUAAAUGUAAUUGUUGGAGCUAAGAAAAUAGCUUAACACAACCGUAGCGAUGAGGAAGAAGGAAAGAGAGGAAAAAAUGUGUAUAAUAUAAUAGAUAUUUGCUGAUAAGAUAGGGAUAUAACUAAUGGUAGUAAACAGUAAACUAAUGAAUACGUUUCAUGAAAAGUUGAGGUUUUGAAACGGAAACGUCGUGAACGCGGAGAAACGCGCUAUGUUUUCUGUGAACAUAGUUAUUGUUUUAUUUUAAAAGGAAAUAAUCUAAGGUAAAUGAUAAACACAUUCACUCUUAUGUAAAUAUAACAGUAAAGGAGUAAUUACAAAUGAGACCAGCAAAUAUUGAAGAAACAUACAUUGUUUUAGAAGACUUAAAAGUAAGAACAUGAAAUUAGAGACAACAGUACACAAAGAUGAAAGUGUACGAUCAAAACACACCACUGAAGUGUGGAAGUAAUACAUACAGAGGUGGGAAAAAACCCAAGAAACCCAAGGAUUCGUUACAUAAAUAUGAAAAUGCAACGAGGAACACUGAACGUAAAACAACUAGCGACUAGAAUUGCCGAUAGACAGCCGGUGAAAUACGGACACGGUCUCCAAAUUUCUAUCAUACUGUUGGUUUACCCUCCGAGGUGAAAACUUUUAUUUUGUCACAAACGUUUGUGGUGCUAUGCAUGAGCAAAUAAUUGCGAGCCGUUUUUCGAAAUUUGUACCUUGUGGGUGCUGCUUUUUAUAUACAUCAUUGUUUGACACAAAAGAGGCUUAUGUAAUGGCAUUUCUUUCAGAAAAAAACUCUGUUUUUCAGUUUCCUUUUACCAAACACACGUGCUGCUCGCUUGAUCGUAAGACAGCGUGUUUUGGUUGUUCCUUCUGCGCUUGCUAUGUCGGCUUGUUACACGUUCAUCGCUUUGAUAGCGAAUAAAUAUAUUGCUCACUAGAAUGAUAAAAAAUGAACAAACACGUAUUCGAUAUGCAUUUCCAACGUUGUGAGAAGAACAAACAGAAAGCAAAGCAUAUUUCUUUCGAUAACAUGAUAGCAAAUAAUAAUAAUGAUGAUAAACAGUUUAGAAAUAUGGCAAACAAAUCGAAGGGCGGAGAGCGCGCAACGCUGGGAAAAGUCGUAAAACUGAAGAACUAUUUAGAUAGCAAAAUUAUAUAAGUGUAUUGAAUGUAGAAACCACGAAGAACAAACAAGGAAGCAUAGUGUAAAAAUAAUCUAAAAUUGGAAGAGCAUCCCACAACACAAGAUGUAAGUUCAGAGGAGUGGUAUGAGCAGAAGAAAUGGCUUGUUUUUUUUUGGGUAAAAUUACCUUUUGCGUACCCUUUUUCUAUGCCUAAAACUGUUGUUGAGGAACAGUAAUGGGGGAAGAAUAACAAUGGGUUUAAAACGGAGAGGUGUCAGCAAAGUAACUAUUCCCUUGCAGUAUAUUUCGAGUUAAAUUUUAAAUAGCCACUCACUCACAUAAACUUGUUACAAAGCUGAAGAGAAGAAGAUAAAAUUAUAGAAUAACUUUAAAACCACAGGUCAGCGUGUAAUUGAAACCAUCGAAACCUUGACUUAGAUUGAAGUAACCAUGGUUAAUUUAACACACAAACACACACAAAGUGAAGAUGGAAAUCACCCUUUCCGUCGAUACAGAAUAAUAUCCACUAAAGAGAAAAAAUUUCGGACACUAAGGCGAGCAAGCAAUUCUACGUUGAAGAGUAUAACACAAAAUGAACUACAACAGCAAAAAAAACACACACACAGUAGAGAAAAAAAAACAUGAAAAUGAAAAAGUUAAAACAGCGUAAUAUUAUUACUAACUGAUUGUGAUCAUCAUGAAUGAAUAUAAUGUACCUUUUUCUGUAUAUUUUGUACAUACUGAUUAUGAUUAAUGAUUAAAAUUGCA